CUAUCACUCAUGCUGCGUUCAAUGCAACGACUCACAAAAUAUGGUAUCGACACGCGCCAGCUCUAAGCGCAAACGCUCAUCUUCUACAGGAGAUGACCAGAAUGUAGCCGACAACCCUCAACCCAAACGUCGGGGGGAGGAUGCCCCAACUCGUCUCAAUAAGUCUCAAACAGUAGAGAGUCACGACGGAGUCGUGCUACCAGCGCAGAAAAAAACUACCACCUCCACACGGCCACCCUCCUCGACGUUUUCUCACCCCAUAAUAUUCACCAUUGGCCACGGCACGCGCACACUAUCCACCCUGAUUGAUCUCCUCCAAUCCGCACAUGUCACCAGACUCGUAGACGUCCGCUCGAUCCCGAAGUCCUAUACAAACCCCCAAUUCAAUCACGAUGAUCUAGUCACAUCUACCGAAUUAAAGGCAGCCAACAUAGAAUAUAUAUGGUAUGGUGUCAAACUCGGCGGUCGCCGCAACGCACAGCAGCCCAAUGUUGAGCAGCAUACAGCCAUCCGCGUCACGGCAUUUAGGAAUUACGCUGGUUAUAUGAGCACUCAGAACUUUCGAGAUGGGUUGGAAGAGCUGAAGGCGUUAUGCAAAAAGCCGCAGAGUAGGGGAGGCCAUUUGGUGGCGAUCAUGUGUAGCGAGACGCUUUGGUGGCGGUGCCAUCGGCGGAUGAUUGCAGAUGCGCUGGUAGUAGAAGGAUGGGACGCACAGCAUUUAGGCAUCAAAAAGGGAGAGCCUAUGAAGCAUGUCUUGUGGGAUAUUGUAAGAUGUGAUGAUAACGGGGAAUUGAUAUAUGAUGUCAAGUCGUGA